AAUGGCGGUUAAUUUCAAAAUUACAUAAAAAAAAAGAAGCGGCGUAAUGGAAAAUGAAGAAUCAUGAAUUGGAUGUUCAUUUCAAAUAUUCUUUUUUUAAUCUCUUCUAUUCCAAAAAUAAUCAAAUUGAUAUAAUAUACAAUCUUUCUUGAUUUUUUUUAUUAAAUAAUGAUGGAUGCAUAUUGAUAAUCGAUACAAAAGAAGUGGUACAUAUCCAUCCAUCCAUUAAUCUAAUCCUAUCCACUCUAUUUUAUGACAUUGCAUUCUUUAUAUCGUCAUUUUACUAUCCAUUAUUUUAAUUAUAUCUUUCUUCAUGAUUAUAUAUAUAAAGUUGAACAUUUUUCCUUCAUGAUUCUUUCUAUUUUCCAUGUUAUAUGUAUGUGUGUGUUGGGGAUACGAACCAUAUUGGAUUUAGAGGAGGAACAAAACUAUGGCCAGCUUUAGGUGAUCUUUUUUAGUCAGGAGCUUUCGCUCGUUCGGAGCUAUUGUAUACGGUUGAAGACCCGGUUCGAAAGUCACAUCUCCGGAUCGAUUUUUUUUAUCAGUG